AUGAACACGUUACCAUUGCUAUGUUUGCUUUUCGUCGCUCAACAGUGCUACUCCCAGUACCUGUACUACUACUAUCCAGUGGCAAACACGCCACUGUAUUACUAUCCAACUACCGCUCUUCUACAACCAACUACAGUGAACCCAAAUGACGUGCAGCAACAGCAACAACUUUAUUAUAAUCCCGGAGCAAACCAACAGCCAAUCCAGCAAGGGCAACCUCAGUACAGUCAGACCUAUCCUGGACAGCAAUAUGAUCAGUCGUUGCAGUACCCUCAACAACAGCAACAACUACAGUACUAUACUCCACAGCAGGUCCUACAAGGCCAGCAACAAGUAUAUACUCAGCAAGGCGUCGGACCAGCUCAGCCAGGUCAACAGACGACCAGUUUAUCGACCAAUUCCGCUAACAAUGGACGAAAAUAA